AGCUGUUCACGUCACAUCCAGACGACUUUUAUCGUAUUGUGAUAUUCUCACAAAGCAUGCAAAAGCAAGUGUCAAACAAAGAGGAAUUUCGAAACUAGAUUCAAUUAAUAAUUCGCAAUCGAUAUCUUGUACAUCGCGAAAACUUAUCAGCUAAAUGGCGGGCCAUAAUUAUCUUAGCAAUCCAAAGAAUCCGUUCUUUUCGUUGGAAGACGAUGUGGACGACGAGACAUUUCUGAGUAAUGCACCAGCCAGAAAUUACCCCGCGGGACAUUAUCAGAAUUUCGAUAAUGAUGUCAUGCAGAAACGUCAAGAAUUAUUACAUCGUAAAAAGGAAAUAGAAGAACGCACCGUACAGUCUUCAGAAAGAUCCGUCUCGCUUCUGAGAGAUUCAGAGCAAAUUGGCGUAGCUACUGCUGAGGAAUUAAUCAGACAAAGGGAACAGCUGCAGAGGACAGAAAAGAGAUUAGAUGAUAUCAACAGUACAUUGAGAUUUAGUCAAAAACAUAUUCAAGGUAUAAAAAGUGUGUUUGGUAGUUUGAAGAAUUAUCUGAGUGGUAAAUCACUGGAUGCUCCGAUACCAUCAACGAAAUUGUCAGAGUCUUCCAGUUCUGGAUCUGUAACAUCUCCUGCACUCUCUAAUACAUUAGAACAAGUACAAAGUAACGUGAGCAAUUCAUAUUCGUUGACAAGAAUGAGAGGUAGUUUUGACGACAACAAUUUUGAAGAUCCUAAACCAACUAAUGAUAAAGUAACCCGAGCUUUAGAGCAGAAUCUAAAUGAGAUGAGUGGAUCAUUGGCGAGACUGAAGAAUCUAGCAAUUGGUUUGUCCGAGGAGAUAGAUUCGCAAAACGAUUUGAUUGAUAAUAUUACUGAUAAAACCGAAAGAGCAGAUAUAGUGUUGCAGCAGCAAAAUAAAGACAUGCUGCAUCUAUUAAAGAAAUAAUUGUCCAUAUCACACACAGAUAUAUAUAUGUCUCAUUCUUGUAAUACUAUAAUAUUAACUAUACUUUUGCCAAGUAUAGAUGUGUGUUACACAACGUGAAACGAGUUUUCAGCAUUGAUUUAUACUGUUGAAUGUAGGGCAUGUCAACCGUGCAAUUAUACUGUAUGGUGUAUUUUAUAGAAUUUUUCACAAGGCAAUUGCAAUCUUUGCAAUAAAAUUAUAAUGAUACAGUGAUAGAACGAUUCUACAUGAAUGAUUGUUGAUACAACUGUAAAACUACAUGCAAUAUCUUUAUAUGUUAUGUAAGGAUUUUUAAUUGUCUCUCAAGAUUUUGUAGCCUUUUAAAACAAAAACUGUGAUAAGCACACAUCCAUAUAUAAUAAUUAUGUUUUAAGUAUUAGGUUUUGAUCUAGAUUUGCUAUCAUUACAGAAAACAAACAUGAUUUACCGAAAAAAUAAAGAGAUUAAUAAAACUGCA